AUGUUACGCGAUGAUGGUGGUUUCGAUUAUAAGAAAAGCAUUGUUGACACCAUUAUUACUAUAAUUGAUGAGAACUCAGAUGCGAAAGAAGCAGGAUUGUCGCAUUUGUGCGAAUUUAUUGAAGACUGUGAGCACCCUGUACUUGCUACCCGUAUAUUACAUUUGCUUGGUCGUGAAGCACCAACAACUGCCAGUCCUUCACGUUAUAUUCGUUUCAUCUACAACCGAGUUAUUUUAGAAGCUACUCAAGUUCGCGCUGCAGCAGUAAGUGCUCUAGCCAAAUUUGGAGCUCAGUGUCCGGAUUUGAGACCAUCUAUACUAUUAUUGUUGAAACGUUGUUUGCUUGACAGGAAUGAUGAGGUACGUGAUCGAGCAACAUACUUUCUGUCAAUUUUAGAAACGGAUAAUCCGCAUUUAAUUGCAAAUUAUAUUCUGAAUGGAUUGCAGGUAUCAGUUCUUGGACUUGAAAGAGCAUUGGAGCAGUAUGUGACCAAUGGAGAGUAUGAUAAACCGUUUGAUUUGAAAGUGGUAUCAAUUUCGGCUCUUCCACUAUCUGUAACGGAAGUCAAGAAACCUUCACUGUCUGUCGAGACAAUUUCAGACAAAGGAGAAGAAAAAAAAGCAUCUCGGCAAGAGAUUUAUGCAGAACAAUUAGCAGCUAUUCCGGAGUUUGCCAACUUGGGUCCAUUGUUUAAAUCUUCACAACCAAUAGCAUUAACAGAUGAAGUGACUGAAUACAGCGUCUUAUGUGUUAAGCAUAUUUUCCCGCAACAUAUCGUCUUACAGUUCGAUUGUAACAAUACAUUGAAUGAUCAGUUGCUGGAGAAUGUUUAUGUUGAAUUGGAGCAAGCACCAGAUACGGAAGGAUGGACGGUUUUACAUACGAUACCACUAGAAAAAUUACCGUUUGGUAUACAGUCAACCACAUUUAUACUGCUGAAAAUACCUUCAGCACCUGAUGUUGUUACGGCAACAUUCAGUGCAAGUUUGAAAUUUAAAGUUCGCGAUAUUGAUCCUGCAACAGGCGAAUUGGAGAGCGACGAGAGUUACAAUGACGUUUUUGUGCUGGAAGAAAUUGAAAUAAUUUUUGCGGACUAUGUGCAACCAGCGAAGCGAAGCAACUUUGCUGUCAGUUGGGAACAAAUUGGUGAUGAGAAUGAAAAUGAAGAUACGUAUUCUUUAUCAACAGUACAUACGCUGCAAGAUGCGGUAGGAGAACUGAUCAAAUGUGUAGGAUUAGGGCCAUGUGAACGAUCUGAUCGCGUGACGGAAGGUAAAAGUGCACAUUUACUUCUUUUAUCUGGCGUAUUUCGCGGUGGAUACGAAGUUUUGGCAAAAGCACGGCUUGUACUGGACUCAGUUGACAGAACUGUUACAAUGAAUUUUAUUGUCAGGUUAUUUUUUUUCGCUAGAUCCAAGGAUUUUACAUUAUAA